GAAGCAGGUGUUCCUGCUGCAAUUGUCUGUUUCCAAAGGAGUAGCGGCAGAUAACUUUCUAAUAAGAUGCGACGACUCCGGACCGCAACAGCUAAAGUUAUUCAGUAUAAAGACGUUGACUCGGACCUGUCAUUUUCACAGACAAUGAGUGAGGAUGAGGAUACUGAUGAAUGGAGACCACCAGAGUCCAAGCAGAAAGCACCAAACAAAACCUCCAGAACUCCUGCAUCUGGGGAGAAGAAAGCACCCGCCAAGAGAAUUGUGAAACCAAAGGAACCCAAAGUGCCAAAACAACCUAAAACACCUAAAGUGCCCAAAGAACCUAAGCCAAGGACACCACGCAAGCCUGCAGCAAAGCGAAAAACUGAGGCCAACAAAGUUCUGAAAUAUGCUGGGUCACCUGGGUUAGCUGGAACAAAGCAGGAAACAUUAGAAGAGGGCAAAGAUAAGGCAGGAGUAAAACAAACAGAUGGCCCAGAGGUGGGCACAACAGAAGAGAGUAGGCCAAGUGGUCGAAUAAAAGAGGAGAGGUUGUCAUUUAUCAUGUCAGACCCCCACCAAACAGACAGAUAUGCAGGUGAAGGGUCCUCACUGGUUAGGCAUAAACCAAAGAAGGAGGAAGAGGAGGAUUUCACAUUUGGUGAGCCCUGUCUAAAAAAACAGAAGACCAGUGGUGCCUGCUUCGGACGGCCUACUGCUUUACCAUCACCACUGGCAGAUGGUCUGAGGAAUGAACUCAACAUGAACUGGGACUUGACAGAGCUGCUGUCCAUCCUCACCUGUGUGGAGCGAUGGGUGUGUGUUAAUAUUGUUUCACUGCUUCGUGAGGAGAACACUGUGCCGUUCAUGGUCCGCUACCGAAAAGAGAUGAUUAACCACAUGGAUGCCGAUGCUGUCAGAGAUGUCCAGCUGGUUUAUGAGGAAAUAUGCUCAUUAGCCAAAAAAACCCAGUCUGUGAUUCAGACCCUGAAGAAGGAUGGCGUUUUGACAGCUGAGUUGGAACAGGAGCUGAGGAGCUGCCGGUCAGCCGAUGAGCUGGAUCAUGUGUAUUCUCCAUAUAAGAAAGGCAGUAAGCUGACAAAGGCUCGAAGGGCCAAAGCACUCGGCCUUGAGGUGGCUGCGUCUGCUCUACUGGAAUCACCGCACACUCUGGAUUUAAGGGCAUGGGUAAAGCCUGGAACUGAGGGUCUGACGUUAGUGGAAGAAGUGGUCACAGGUGUGGAGCAUAUCUUGGCUGACAUGAUUGCCAAAGACCCAGAGACACUCACCUACAUCAAAACAUUGUGUGAGAAGAGCUAUGUGACCAUCCAGUCCUCUGUAACCAAGUCGGCACUAAAGGAAAAGGCGCAGGAGAAGCCUUUCCAUGGUCACCAAAAACCAGGGACUCAGCAAAACAAAAACAAAGACAUCGACAAGUUUUGUCUCUACUUUGACUUCACCUGCAACAUCCAGCGAAUCCAGCCCCAUCAGACCCUGGCUAUUAACCGAGGGGAGAGUCUGAAGAUUUUGACAGUGAAAGUGAACAUUCCUGACAGGGUAAAGAAUGACUUCACCAGGUGGUGCAUAAACACAAGGUGGAAGCCAAAGACGUUUGCAAGAGAAGAGCUAAGUGUGAUAGUCAGAAAUGCAGUAGAGGAUUCUUAUAAAAGGCUCAUUCUGCCUCUCCUCACCAGGAGUUACAGGACAAAGCUGACAAGUGCAGCAGAGAAGGAGUCGAUUGCCAUGUUUGUGAGGAACCUCCGGCAGCGCCUGUUGGUGUGUCCAGUCAGGGGCUGUGUCAUUAUGGGGGUGGACCCUGGCUUUAGACAUGGCUGUAAGCUGGCAAUUCUCUCCCCUACCAGUCAGAUUCUGCACACUGACGUUGUGUACCUGCAUAGUUCAAACCAACAUAGAGAAGCAGACAAACUGUGCCACCUUAUGAUGAAAUACAGCUGUACAAGGGUUGUCAUUGGCAAUGGAACUGCAUGUCGGGAGACUGAGUCCUUCUUUGCUGAUCUCAUCUCUAAGCGCCGGUUUCAUUCCCUGGAUGUGUCCUACUGUAUAACUAAUGAGGCAGGAGCAUCCAUCUACAGUGUGAGUCCUGAAGCGGUCAAAGAGAUGCCAGACUUGGACCCUAACAUUAGGAGUGCAGUGUCCAUUGGAAGACGUGUCCAAGAUCCACUGGCUGAGCUGGUGAAGAUCGAUCCGAAACACAUCGGCAUUGGAACAUACCAGCAUGAUGUGUCUGCGGGAGCUCUGAAGGCAGCGCUGGAUGGUGUGGUGCAGGAGUGUGUGAGCUUUGUGGGUGUGGACAUCAAUAUCUGCUCUGAAAUACUAAUGAGGCAUGUUGCAGGUCUUAAUGCUGGCAGAGCAAAGAAUAUUGCAGAAUGGAGAGAGCAGAAUGGUCCUUUCAUCAACAGGGAGCAACUCAAACUGGUCAAAGGCAUGGGGCCAAAGAGCUACCAGCAGUGUGCCGGCUUCAUCAGAAUUAAUCCACAGACUAUAGACAGUGCAAAAGCCCCACCUCAUCCUGCACCAGCAGUGCCAGAGAAACCAGCAUCUAAGAAAGGCAGAGGAAAAACUGGUAUCAACAUACCGACCUCCUUUAACCCCCUGGACCAGACCUGCAUACACCCAGAGUCCUACGAUGUGGCACAGAGAUUUCUUGCCCUCAUGGGUGGACGGGCAGACCAGAUUGGGAGUGCGAGCCUGCGACAGUGUGUGGAGAGCAAGGUUAGGACUCGCAGUGUGGAGGAGCUUGCCAGGACCUUGGAUACCUCACCUGAGACCCUUCAACUCAUCAUAGAUGGCCUCACGCAGCCUCCUGGGUUUGACAUACGACAAAAUUUUGGACAGGCGGACUUUAAGCGGGGCAUUGUGUCCAUGACUGAUCUGCGGGUGGGUACUGUGCUGACAGGACGGGUGGACAACACGGCUCUUUUUGGGGCAUUUGUAGAUAUCGGUGUUGGCCGAGCAGGGCUCAUCCACAAGAGGUACAUCACCCUGGACAAACUGCCUGCCAGUCAACGCAGACGCAGCCUGGUUCUGGGACCUGGGGAGAGGGUGGAGGUGCGGGUCUUGAAUGUCGACACUGACAGGGGAAGGAUCGGCUUGGACUUGAUCAGGGUCCUUCAAUAGAAACACUUAAUAUCCAGAAAUUACAUCUUAUAAUUCUGUUAGAAUAAUUUUAAAAAAGCUACUAAAAGGCAAAAAACGUGACAUGACAGCUACAGCGAUAACUGAUGAAAACUGGUUUUAUAAACAGGUCAUUAGAGUAGAUAAGGCAUUUUAAUAGGCAGUUUGAUAAGUGUAAUUAUAAUAAUGCAGUUUAUGCAUUUUAGUAAGACCAAAAGAAAUUUGACACUAAAAUAGUGUCUCUUUAAACUGCUGCUACAAGUCCAGUGAAAAUAAAUCUGACCAAACCACCUUACCGCAGAGAGACGUUCCUUCAUCCAGUGACAUGUAACACUUUCUCUCACCGUGCCUUCAUAUCAUUCAGAGGCUUGGGAUCAAACUUCUUGUAUUUUGUAAAUUACAGGCCAACCAUCAGUAUACAUUUCUGCCUUCUGAUCACUAGAUGAAGCUUUGUAUGCCUUCAAAGCAUAAUAUUUUGCACUUUAGCAGUACUUCUGAUAUCUUAACACUUGAACUGAUAUUGUUUAUAGGGAUGCACGAUAUUAUCCGCAUGAUAUCAGUAUCGGCAAAUAUGAUAUUUUUUCAUAGCUGAUAUUCUGGCUGUAAAAAUCUGCCUAUAUCUGCUGUAAAUACAGUGUACACUAAGUGGAGUUUUAGACUGGAUAAACAGAGCUACGUCAGAUGAAGUCUUUCUCUUUAUUCAUCAUUAUUUCUUACACUUUAAAGUGGGUUUUAAUGACUGAAAUGUGCUCAUUUGGUCACCCUGAAACUUUCAAUUGUGUAUUUUAAGAAUAGAAGUUUUAGGUCUGAACAACAUUUAGAUAUGAUGUAGAAUUGAUUUAAACAUAUCUGCAUAUGGGAUAUCUGCAAAAAUCCAAUAUCGUGCAUCCCUAAUUGUUCAUUAUUCAUUAAUAUGACAGUUAAACUUCCAAUGUUAAAAAGUUAAACUCUUCGGUCUGGAUAUGUGUAAUGUUCUGGGGAGAUGGUGAGGAAAUUUCUUUACAUUUGUUAUGUAGAAAAGACUUGCUGUGGACUUUCUAACAAGUAAAAGUGAGACUCUGCUUGUACUGAAAACCCCUUUGAAAAUGACAGGCCUCAUCUGUAAAAAAAAUAAUUAAAGAUUUGAUGCUAAAUAGAUAUUUCCUGUUCAAAAUGCACUCUUUAUGUAAAUUUAAUUAAAAUGAAGAUGCUGAAUGAUCUGCUUCAUGCUGGAGAGUAGGGGUGUGGAUGAGAAUGACAGCAGCGAGGAUAGCAUGAAGCAAAGAGAGAAGGCAGAAGAGAACUAGAAAAGCGAGUGUGUUAAAUGAUGGAAAAGGGGAAAACAGUUAAAGGUCAAGUUUUUCUUUCAGAAGACAGAAAAAUUUGAAAAGAAAGAAUGAGUUGGCGAGACGGGGGAUGGGUGGAGAUGGGGAGCAGAGGAGGAGGAGGGAGAGUUUGUAUCUCCCAGACUGCAGUAAAGCCUGAAGGCUUUUUAGGCAUGGUCCCAGACACAAUUAUCCCAGGACACACACACAAACACACACUAAUCAGCUGCUUCAAAAUUAAUCCCAGACUCCCUAUCCACAUUAUCUAAUUUGUUUGUUUUUUCUUUUUUUAUGAAACUGGAAUAAAUAAAAGAAAUACAUAGAAUAGGGCUGUGAGAAAGCCUGAGGUCCCCUGUGCUGAACAUUAUACUGAAUGCAGAAUACCUAAUCACUGUUUGUGCCUCUGUCUCCCAUUGGGGGAACAAAUAGAAUAUAUUCUAGACGUAUAAACACAAAGAGAUGUUUGAUCAGGAUCAAUCAGAGCUGGCAGUUUGUAUAGUGAUGACCUGAGAAGACUGCACAUAUACAGACUGCGUUUACAUUCUGUAUUUCUUUUCCAAAUGGAAUUCCAGUUUCCAAUCGACUUGUCUUAUCAUGUUUGAAGAUAACUCUCUUUGUCACUUUGUUGUCUUUUCUUUGUUUUGAUCUCAUAAA